AAAGUGAGCUCCUCGGACGCACGACAACACACCAACUGAAGUGGAAAGCGGCUCCUGUUCUGCUCCUUAUCCCAUUUCGGACGCUGCGUACAAGGCGGUACGGCUUCAGACUGCUGCAGGACAGAAUCAAAAGGAAGAAGCUUGAGUUAAGAAGACACUCGCGCCUUUGGCUCGUGCGUCAAGUUUGCCUUCUGUUACUUUUUUUUGGCUCUUUAUGUCAGCGAAUUAAUAUCGAAACUUUCGGGUUUAUAGCUGGAAAGGUGGAAAGCAAUCAUUUCUUUUUGCCAUCUCGAAGACUAAAUUUAACUAAUGACGGCAGAGGUCCAGCAGCCCCCAGCGCAGACUCCUGCCCAGAGCAGCCCGAUGUCUGCCCCGGAGAAGCCGCACGGACAGACGGCGGUGAUGGAAACCGCCUCCUCCACUACGAAAACCAAAAAGACAAACGCAGGGAUCCGCAGACCAGAGAAACCCCCUUAUUCAUACAUUGCUUUGAUAGUCAUGGCUAUCCAGAGCUCUCCGACCAAGCGCCUGACGCUCAGUGAGAUCUACCAGUUCCUGCAGAGCCGCUUCCCGUUUUUCAGGGGCUCAUACCAGGGAUGGAAGAACUCCGUGCGUCACAACUUGUCUCUAAACGAGUGCUUCAUUAAGCUGCCCAAGGGCCUCGGCAGGCCCGGGAAGGGCCACUACUGGACUAUCGACCCGGCUAGUGAGUUUAUGUUCGAGGAAGGCUCCUUCAGAAGGAGACCCAGGGGUUUCAGGCGCAAGUGCCAGGCGCUGAAGCCCAUGUACAGCAUGAUGAACGGCCUAGGAUUCAACCACAUCCCCGAGUCCUACAACUUCCAGGGGAGCGGCGGGGGCCUGUCCUGUCCGCCCAACAGCUUGUCUCUGGACAGUGGGAUUGGGAUGAUGAAUGGACACUUGGCAGGUAACAUGGAAGGGAUGGGUCUGUCCGGGCACACCAUGUCACACUUGUCGACCAACAGUGGACAUUCCUACAUGGGAAGUUGUACAGGAUCCACUGGGAGUGAUUAUCCCCACCACGACAAUUCCGCCUCCCCUCUGCUCACCAGCGGAGGAGUCAUGGAGCCUCAUCCUGUCUACUCGAGCUCAGCCUCGGCGUGGGCUCCGGCCCCCUCGGCCUCGCUGAAUAACGGGGCCUCCUACAUAAAGCAGCAGCCUCUGUCUCCUUGUAAUCCAGGGGCGAACCCGCUGCAGCCGAGCUUGCCCACACAUUCACUAGACCAAUCUUACCUGCACCAGAACGGGCACAGUACUACAGAUUUACAAGGUAUUCCUCGGUACCAUUCCCAGUCUCCAAGCAUGUGUGACCGAAAGGAGUUCGUCUUCUCGUUCAACGCCAUGACGUCCUCAGCGAUGCACUCACCGAGCAGUGGCUCUUACUACCACCACCAACAGGUCUCCUACCAGGACAUCAAGCCCUGCGUCAUGUGAUGCCUUCACGGACAAAAACCUGCAGCCCACAGGACGGUGUCACAGACUUGAGCCAUGCAGCAGGGUGAACUGAAAAUAAGAACAAAACGAGUUAAAUAACCACUGAGAGACAUGAAGGCAUGCCCCGGCCCAUGGAGAGCGCUCACUGCUUCAAGUAGACCGGACUACUUUUCUGUACACACAGCGACAAAGACACGGAGACAGGCCAAUCACAACGCAACUACAUAAUAAUGAUAAUAAUAAUAAUAUAUAAUAAUAAAAAAUAUACUUUUUUCAUGCCAUCAACAUCGACCAGCGGGGUAAAGACUGGGUGUAUGAAACCCUGCUGCUGUUUGGUACUUAGUCCUGCAGAGCGGAUGACUACCACUUCACACUUUUGUUUAUUCUUUAAGUAGGCCAAUGUAAAAAAGCACACGUCCAUUUUCUCCGUCUGAAGUUCUUACUUUUAUUUUCUUUGACAAAUUAGACUGAGGCUUUUUUUCCUUUUUUUUUUGGACAUUCAUACCAGCGUUGAAUUCUGAAAUGAACAAUUAUGGACAUCACAUAUACAUGUCCAUAUAUACUGUGUAAAAAAACGAUGAAGGCACUUUUUGAAUAGCCUAUAAGCGCAUCUUUUUAUUUAUUCUGUAGGCCUACAUAUUUUAAUUUCAGGCGAAUUGGCCAAGGUGGUAUAUUCUGUAUUGGCAAUAUUUGUCAGAACGCUUGUUAUUUGUUUUAAAAUGAAAAUUUGAGGAUAUAUUGUAAGCACUGUUAUGUCGUUUGUGUUAGAUAUAGACCAUUACUUUUCUGCACUGUAUACUUACAUAAUGUUAGGAGAAUUAGCAAGGGUCCAUCAAUGAGGGCUAAUCUUUAGGGCUAUAUUACAACAAAUCAUUUGUAAGAAAUAAAAUAUAUCUGUUGGGCUGUUUCAGCCUAAAUCCACAAAAAAUAUCGAUUUCAUCACACACACAUGGUUCAUUCCAAAAUUUGGGAGGACACUGCAAAUAAAUACUCCGCAAAAACUUUUAAUCUAACGUCAGUGAUAUCUACCACACAAUCAACCCAAAAUUAGAAUUUAAAGAGUGGCGCAAUUUGUGUUUGUUUUUUUUCCCCCAGAAAAAUAACAAUAUUUAUAAUGUAGGCUUGCAAUUAUUUAAUCAACCAAACUAAAAACAAAAGGGUAAUCUGAGUUCAUGUUUAGUGAUACUGAAUCCAAAAAAAGGAAAAAAUAAUAAGGUCCUCACUAAAGUAAUACAGAAAAAAAUGAACAAAUCUGAUUUGCACAAAGCAAUAAUUAAAUGAUAAUAGAUUUUAAAUAAAUGGUUUUAAAAGUCACUCGUCUUUUGCCCUCUAUGUAACGUGUACGCAGCAAUUAAGGCGGAACAAAUCAGAGGCAGCACCACCAUCGCUCUGCUUGUUUCCAUCCAAUGGAUAAUUCUAAAAAGCUCAGGGGUGUCCACACAGGUGUAGAUUUUAUCCCUCUCAAUAUUUAGAACAUUUGCAUUUGUCCCAAUAAAAACAUGAAAGCAGCAGGACUUUUUUUUCCCAAUUGUUGUUGUUGACAUAAAUUGAUGCAAAAAAAGGCAAAAAAUGGUGCCGAAAAAAUCUCCAGAAUGCAGGAAAUUAAGUGUUUGAUGCUCAAAAAAUUUCUGGCAAAACACCUCAAACCUUCAUUUCAUGUGAUCCCCCUAAUGUUGAAACAAAACCUACGCCCUUGGG